GUAACCAAAGAGCGUAAGAAAGAACAAGAGCUGGCGUUAGAGGGCAAUACGGGAUGACGAGUGACAAAAUUUAAAGACACAACAUAUUUUAAUUGCUUACGAUAUUUCGUUUUUCCUUUAUUGCAACUUUCGGUUGCAAAGAAACAAAGCAAAAUACGAAAAAAUGUUCGAAUGAAUGCCCGAAUCAAAACAGAAUAACCCGAAAAUGCUGCAACCCUUAAUGUGAAUCCAAUUGGAAUACAAUAAAAAUCUUGUGUCUUUAACGCGAGUUAUUUUACGGUACGGGGAAGACAAAGCAGAAACCCUCUCUUGAUUAGAUCUUAUACUCUUUGAGUGUAACUCUAUUUUUGUGUAUGUUACUAGUUCGCGCCAUUUUUUGUUGUUUGUGUGUACUAUGGUUCUUAACUAUAAUACACACGCAAAUCCAAAACUCGUUGACAGAUAUUUACGUCCAUCAGCUGGUAAAUUUUUGUUGAAACAACAUUUGAAGAUGUGUUCGGAAAAUAUAAAAUGUCGUUGUUGCUUCAAUCCCUCCGUGAAUUUGUUUAAAUUGUCGGCUAAAUCAAGAUUAUCAGGCGUGGAAGAAAAAACCUACAGUGAACUAUUACAGGAAGUAACAAGCAGCUGUGACACCAAUAUUUUCGGAUAUGAAGUUAAAAUACCACAGACUAUUUGCAGAAAAUGUGCAAAUCAACUGAAAAAUGUCUACCAAUUUAUUUUACAAACUCGAAAAGUUUAUGAGCAUUAUCUGCGUUUAUCUGAAUCGGAGGGCAAGGAUUUGAAACCAUUAAGAAGUUCCGAAGACUUAGAGGAAACUCUUAUAGAGAUACAGAGUAUUAAAGUAGUUUCCGAUGUGGAGACUUUGGUCGAAGAGGUGAAAAUAGAGAAAGCCAAUGAAAAUGACUUGUUUCCCGCUGAUACGAUGGAGGCUAAAAGUUCGGACUACAUAACAGAAGAUAAUGAGUUUAGUGCAGACGGAGAGGACAUGUAUGAUUAUGAUGUAUUGGAAGAUUCUUCAAAUGAAAGGCAGCAAAAGGAAAUGACCAAAAGUGACUCAUGUACCGAUGAAGACCAGUCAGUGGAUGAAGAAGACAUGAUGUCAUUUGAACCCAUUGCUAUACGUUGUGAUGUAUGUCAAAAAAUUUAUCGAGAUGAAAGAGCUCUUAAUAUACACAAACGUUAUACACAUAUGCCGGAAGAAGAGAAAAUUCCAUGUCCUUGCCCAGGAUGUGAUUAUAAAACAAGUCGCCUUUCAGCUUUGAAAGUUCACACCGGUCUUUCACAUGGAGCAGAAAAAUUUGAGGAAUAUUUUAAACAAAUUUCGGUAACUGGCAAAAAGUUUCUAUGUGACUUAUGCUGCCGUGGUUAUCAACGUAGGGAAGAUUUGAGCAAACAUUUUCGAAAAAAGCAUAGGAAUCCAGGCACACCAACAAAACGAAAGAAAAAACCUAACAAAACAAAAGAGGAGUCUUGCUUUCUAUGUGCUUCUUGUGGCCAGUCAUACAACUCUAAAAAAGCCCUGGAUGGCCAUCUUCUAAGUCACACAGUUGAAAGGCCUUUUCGAUGUGACCUAUGUGAAAAGACAUUUAAACGUAUGAAGGAUCUUAAUACACAUCGGGUUAUACACAGCGAUGAGAAACCCUUUCAAUGCUCUAAUUGUGGGAAAUCUUUUAAACGAGCAGACAAAUUAAAAAUACACAUGAGGGUUCAUUCUGAGUUAAGGCCCUAUCAAUGUGAACAUUGCGAGAAAACCUUUAAAUAUCCAAGUGUAUUAAGGACACAUAUGCAUAUGCAUACGGGUCAAACGCCUUUCUCUUGUAAAACUUGUGGGGAGGCAUUUUCUGUACGAACAUCACUCAAUAAUCAUUGUUUAAAAAAUGGUCAUGUUAAAUAAGAAAUUUUUAGAAAACAAAAACACGGUCAACCUUAUUGGAAAAUGGGAUCAAAUGAAAAUGUGGGAGUCAAGUUACAAUAAAAAAAAACUGUGAUACAAAAUUUAUAAUAACUGCAUGACGAUGGUAGAACAGACAAAAAUCUACUUCAAUGUACAUCAAACAAAUUUCAUCUGGUAUCGACUAAAAAAUGUGGUUUGGAUUUUGUUUGUUAAAAAAAUUCAUAGAAAACAAGCAGUGCAAAUCAAUAGAGCGAUAGGA